ACCAAAGUAACCAGUUCUAUCGCUCGGCUUUAUCGUCAGAUGAGCAAAAAUCUCUCUGCGUGUCGGGAACCAAAUCGAUGUCAACUCUUGGCCAACGCUAAGCAAUGAGAUAUCCUCGUUCUUCAAUUUUGUAAGCUUCGUCGAUUCUCUCCUUCUGCAAACGACAAUGGCGUUGCGAGCUGCUAACAGUUGCUCGGUUUUCCGCUCUGCUUCGUCCCCGCCUCUCUCUGCCUUCCGAACAUGCCUCUUCAAUGCCAGGAGCUCGAAAUUGAAGUAUAGGUAUCCUGUAUUAUGCCACAAACAACAACGUUUUAGGAGUGGCGGACAGCGAUUCUACUCCUUGUACAGUAUAGUCGAAAACGUUGUUGAAGAGCUCGAAGCUCUGCGCAGGCGAAAGAGAGUUUCUGCUACCGCUAAAAUGGGAUUGGUGGGCAUGGGCAGUGGAGAGCUUACCGAAGAUAAGCUUAUGAACCAGACAUUGGAAAAGGGACGGUUACUGGAGUUCAAGAAGGACUCGGAGAGGGUACUACUGGCAGUUGCUCAGAGACCUGAUGGGAAAAAAAACUGGAUGGUGUUCGAUCAGAAUGGUGUGACCUCAUCCAUUAAGCCACAGCAAGUUACAUACAUUGUUCCAGGUGUUGAAAAUUUUGACCAGACAGAAAUUGCAGACUUCAUUAAGAGAGCUCAGAAUAACUUGGAUCCAACGCUGCUGGAGUUCGCUUGGCUUGAGCUUCUUGAACAAAAUAAGGCAGUGACUACCGAAGAACUAGCUGAGAUGAUAUUUGGGAAUCCAGAACCUCUUGAUAGCUAUUGUGCGCAUCUGUUGUUAUCAAGAGAUGAGUUAUACUUCACUGUUCUGCAGACAAAAGGUUCGCGAUCUUUUUAUGGUCCAAGACCCACUGAUCAAGUUGAAGAACUUCAACGUACUAAGCUUGCAAGGGAGGCCGCUGAAAAUGAGCUACAAAAGUUUGUAGAAUUGCUGAAAUCUGCUAAGGCGAUGCCUUUGAAGGCUAAACCUCCUAAAUCUUCCUGGGUAACUGAAGAGAAAACCAGACACAAGAUUGAGUCUCUCGAAUCUUAUGCUAUUGAUGCUUGCAAUGAUGCUGAACAAAGGAUGACAGCUGGGAUGAUUCUCAAGGCCAUGGGACUGGUGAAAACAGCAUCAUCAGCGGUUAAUCUUCUCAUAGACAUAGGAUAUUUCCCUUGGCAUGUUAAUCUUGAACUUCUGAAGUUAAACAUUCGGACAGAUCAUUCAGAUGAAAUUAUAGCAGCAGCUGAAUCACUUUUACUCGAGGCAUCUGAUGCUGAUGAGGUUAACAGGAAGAAUCUCACACAUUUGAAGGUUUAUGCCAUUGAUGUUGAUGAAGCAGAUGAGCUUGAUGAUGCCUUGAGUGCAACAAGAUUGUCAGAUGGCCGAAUUAAAAUAUGGAUUCAUGUUGCCGAUCCAGCUAGAUUUGUUCGACCAGGGAGCAUAGUAGACAGGGAGGCCAUGAAAAGAGGCACUUCUAUAUUUCUUCCAACAGCCACAUACCCUAUGUUUCCUGAAAAACUAGCAAUGGAGGGAAUGAGUUUAAAACAGGGAGAGACUUGCACUGCAGUUACUGUAUCUGUUGUCCUUCAUUCUGAUGGAAGCAUUGCAGAAUACUCCGUGGAAAACUCAAUCAUCAAACCAACGUACAUGCUGACAUAUGAAAGUGCUUCUGAGCUGCUUAGUUUGAACUUGGAAGAGGAGGCAGAACUUAAAACUCUAUCUGAAGCUGCAACUUUGCGAUUAGCAUGGCGAAGGCAACAGGGGGCAAUUGACAUGGCCUCUUUGGAGACACGGAUCAAGGUAGCAAAUCCACAAGACCUGGAUCCUGAAAUCAAUCUCUAUGUGGAGAACCAAGCUGAUCCUGCCAUGCGACUUGUUUCUGAGAUGAUGAUUCUAUGUGGAGAAGUUAUAGCAACUUUUGGAUAUCACCAUAACAUUCCGUUGCCCUAUAGAGGACAACCCCAAACAAAUGUAGAUACAUCUGCAUUUGCACAUCUUCAAGAAGGACCUGUUAGGAGCUCUGCAAUUGUUAGAACAAUGCGUGCUGCUGAAAUAGAUUUCAGGAAGCCGAUACGCCAUGGGACUUUGGGAAUUCCUGGUUAUGUCCAAUUUACAUCUCCCAUCCGUAGAUAUAUGGAUCUUCUUGCACAUUAUCAGGUAAAGGCAUUCCUUAGGGGUGACUCUCCUCCGUAUUCCCAUGGUCAAUUAGAAGGAAUGGCAUCAACUGUGAAUAUAAAUACUAAAUUGGCAAAGAAGCUCUCAAGCACCAGUCUUCGUUAUUGGGUAUUAGAGUACUUGAGAAGGAAACCAAAAGAAAAUAGAUAUCGGGCAUUGAUUCUUAGGUUCAUUAAAGAUCGAAUUGCAGCCCUGCUGCUGGUCGAGGUGGGAUUCCAAGCAUCUGCGUGGGUAUCUGUUGGAGCACAAAUUGGAGAUGAAGUGCAAGUUCGAGUGGAGGAAGCCCAUCCACGUGAUGAUGUUCUUUCUCUGAAGGAGAUUAUUCACUAGAUAUAUGAGCUUCUCUCUAGUAAAAAACAUUGUAUGACAAGGUGUUGCUCCCUGAAGUUGCACGGGUUGAUGCCAUGAGGAUUCGCCAAAAGACACAUUUCACAAAUCUCACCCCUAUAGCCAGUCAGAAUGUGGAAAUUGGGAGGUUAAGUGGGAAGUACUUGAAAGGUUUCUACCCUUGGGCUAGAUUUGUAAUUUCCUUAGGUUGGUUGUAAAUGGGUUAUCUUUAGUGAAGGAAUCAGAUCAAUAUUAUUGUUGCAUGAAGCUAAUAAAAGGUUGUAGGUGCCCUCUUUUGGAGAUCAAUUGAAAUGCGGAAAAGAAGAUGACCAGAUGGUUGCUGUUGCUGAUUCAUUACUGUCUCAUAAUCCCCUUCAAACGUAUGAGCGUGGGUAUGUUUCAUAUUGUCUUUGUUUGCUUUACUAUAUAAUUCUGGAUAACUUGAUGGUAUCAUAAAAUUUGAUUAUUGAA